AUGGAAGCCAAGCUCCCUAAGGAGUACAGUUCAUACUCUAACUGGGUCAUGUACUUCGACUGCUCUAAGAUGCUAGCCGGACUGGGGGCUGGCAUCAUCUUGACAUUCCCCACGGGGGACACAGUCCGCUACGUGCUGCAAAUCAUCUAUGCGGACUCUAAUAACGCGGCCGAAUACGAGGCACUUCUACAUGGUCUCCGCAUGGCUGUCUCCAUGGGCAUACAACACCUCGAGGUGCGCGGCAACUCAAACCUCGCCAUAUCUCAGGUGAGCAACUCCAGCAAGUCCGUCCCGGGCAGCUUGGAUAUAUGCAUCCAUGGUGUUGAGGGCAGCAAAUUCCUGCUCAGUAAAUACUGA